CUUUUAAGCGGGCGCGGCGGGGCGCCCAGAGUAGCACGCGGCCUGAGGAGGGAGCGCAGUGAUUGGUGGGGCUGUCGCCCGGCGGACACACCCCCUGCUAGAAAAGGGGCGCCGCGAGUGGCGGGGGGAGAAGGUAAACAGAGCCGGCCGGCCCUGCCCGCUGACCAAUCGGGGGGGCGGGACGGCACGGCACGGGGCGGGAGGGGGCUCCCAACCUGACGUGAUGGGACUCGGCGCGGCCGUCCCCGAGCAGGAGCGCGCGGGCCGCGGGGCGGGCGGCGGGGCGGCGGGCGUUUUUCUCUAUCCCGGCCGCCGCACCGGACCCGGGCCGGCCGCUCCUCCCUGUCGGCUGCGCGCCGUGCCUGGUGCUUGGCGCUGAGACCCCUGCCUGGCGCCCCGCUAUUUAUCAACCCCGUUCUCCCUUGCGCUUCAAAGACCUCGCGCCGCAGGCGAGCCAUGGCUGGCGCUGCCGGCCCGACGGGCGCGCACUGAGGAGAGCCCGAAGCUGCACCCCCCCCCCCCCCUCACACACACACCCACCCACCCACCCCGGUCGUCGGGGCGCGGCCGCACCAUGUCGGCCGUCGCCUACGUGGACUUCGUGGCGGCGCAGUGCCUGGUCUCUAUCUCUAACCGCUCGGCCGUGCCCGAGGCAGCGCGGCUGAAGAUGCCGGGCGAGGGGGAGGCGGCCCGGGAGCUGCGCGACCCCCGCGAUGCCUGGAAGGACUACUGCGCUCUGCUAGCCAUCGCCAAGAGCCUGCUGGAACUGAACAAGUACCGGCCGCUGCCCGCCCCCUCCGUCUGCAGCGACAGCGUGGAGAGCCCCGACGAGGACGCCGGUUCCGACAGCGACGCGGCCACGGAGCCGGGCUCCAGCCCUCCCCGCAGCCCGCCGCCGGGGCCGUCCCCCCGCCUGCGCGCCGCCGGGGCCGCCCCCAAGGGGAAGCUGGCGGCCGAGAAGCGACACAAGUGCCCCUACAGUGGCUGCGGCAAGGUCUAUGGCAAGUCCUCCCAUCUCAAGGCGCACUACCGCGUGCACACAGGCGAGCGACCAUUCCCCUGCACGUGGCCUGACUGCCUUAAGAAGUUCUCUCGCUCGGACGAGCUCACCCGGCACUACCGAACCCACACCGGUGAGAAGCAGUUUCGAUGCCCCCUUUGCGAGAAGCGGUUCAUGCGGAGCGACCACCUGACAAAGCACGCCCGCCGCCACACCGAGUUCCACCCCAGCAUGAUCAAGCGAUCCAAAAAGUCCAGCUCCAGUAGCUCCUUGUGAAGGCAGGGCGGUCCGGGGUGGGAGCAGAGGGGAGGACGCAGGCAGUGGCAUCAGAGUAUGAGCAUCCGCUGCGGCGCCGGUCGCCCUUGCCACCUGAAAGCAUAUGUUGCUGACAUUCAAAAAGUACUCCGUGCCCCUCGCCCCAUCCUCCACCUCCCCACCCUGCGCUGGGAACAGCGAUCUGGAGCAAGUGGACUGCAGGGUGAGAGGAGGGAAGGGAUGGCCAGCGGAGGAGGUGACCAUCUCCUCAAUGUAAACGUUGAUGCUGGUGUAUAUAUGUCUGACUGGAUGGUCUGGCCUGUGCCCCUGCAGUAGCGUGACCUCAAAGUCUUUGUGAUUGCUGUGUCAUGAACAUGUUUUGUUGAACAGUGUAAUGCUGCUUGUAUUUAGAGUUUGUUGAGUAAAAACACUUUCCGAGUCACAUAAAUAACUCAGAUAAAAGCUCCAUAGCACAUUGUAGAAGUGGGUUUACUUCUGUCUCAGAAUGAUCCUGCAUUUUAAGAGACUGUUAAGAAAAAACAUUACAUAUGUUACUAAUAGCAUCUGAGAUGAUAAGAUGAAUUUAUACUCAAGAAGGCCCAUUAAAGUAAAUGGGUCUUUUUAAUUUUUCUUUGUAUUAACUAUACUUUUGAAUAUAAGCUGCACUUUUCCAGUAAAGACAUGUAUAAUUCAAGAAGAUACUUAAAGCAGAACCCUCCCCCCCACAACAGUUCAGUCGUUUUCUGACCAUAUGUGUAUUUAGUUCUGCUACUCAUUUAUCUGGAAGAAGACAAGUCAGCCUAGAUAUGUGGCAGGGGUAUGGGAGCAGAAGCACAUGUCUCUCCUUUGAUCCUAUACUUCUGAUUUGUCAAUAAAUACAGUACUGUACUAUA